GGGCAUACCACACCCAAGGAAAGGAUUUCAUCCACCUGGUCGUUCUCGGCCUGGUGUAUGAAUAUGAAUGCGAUCCAGUUCCGGCGUGUCUCUCCCAAAGCGACUAUGUGGCUUCCUCUUUGGCUCAACACGCUGGACUGCAAGCCGCAUGCGCUCUCUCAGCGGCAGGGGCUCUGUCGGCCCAUCCCGUUUGAGUUUCGCUGGCGCCGCUCUCUCCAACUCCCAGCAGCUCCAUCCCAGGCCGUCCGCCACUCCCUGCAAAUCGUCAACGCACCAACUCGACAGCAGCACCGAGGAUGGCUCCUAUGAUGGAGAUCCUCUGCACGAGGGCCACCCAGUCCCUGGCAUACUUUGUCGAAAACAAAUUGAUCGAUGCCGAGAAACUACGCGGUGCCAAGGGCAUUGCCAUCGCACACUUCAAGCAGGUUGGCGCUGGCCCGGCCUCCAUCAAAGGCGGCUCAGGACUGCUCUUUGGCCGCCUUGCUGACAGAAGCUGGUCCGCUCCCCUGGCCAUCGAUUUCCGUGGAGCAGCUGUGGGCCUCAUGAUCGGCCUCAAGCUCACCGAGGUGCUCAUUCUCAUCCAGUCCGAGGCCGCUCUCGAGUCCCUGGCCUCCAGCUCCAGCUUCACCAUCGGCCGUGACUUUUCGGCUUCGUUUGGCCGGCACGGCCUCUCGAACAGCGCCUCGUCGCUGGCCUCGGGUGCUCCCGAGCCCUUCCAUCUGGUCGUCCGCUGCAAGGGCAUCUUUGCGGGCGUCUCCUUUGACGGUUUGCACAUCAGUCUGGCCGAGACGGUCAACUGCAAGUUCUACAGCGUCCCAGUCAAGUCGUCGCUGGCUUUCAACGGGACGCUGCCGCCCCCAGCCAUUGCAGGCGGCAUCUAUGGUCUGCUCGACCAGUACGAGGACUCGGACGAAGGGCAGGUCUCGGUUGUUGUCCAGCCGCACACCAGCUACCAGGCAUAUCAAGUCGCCCCCACGGCCGUGGCCUAUGUAUCUGGCCCCUUGCCGGUCCCGUCCGAGCCUGCUCCGGCAUAUUCAGAGCUCUACUCGACCCAGCCGCCGGCCCAAUGAGCUCCUCGGCCCUCCACCUGGCCUGCCACCACGCCUGUCAUCUCCAAUAUCGCCGGCUGUCGGCUUGCGUCGAUCUCUAUCCCGCUGAAUCGUCCUCUUUGAUUGUAGAUUCCCAAGCAUUUGUCUCGCAUCUGCUGUACUCGUCACGUUUCUUUCGCUACCCUUUGCUGAUUGCCAGAUGUGCACCAUCCGGAGCCACGAGGCCGCAGGGGAGGAGGAAACACACGUAUCCCAUCAUCGGCUUCCAUUCCGUGAACUUCACCAAUACUCUAAUUCUGCAUGGAA